UCCGGAGAUACUAAAAAUAUCAGGGUGAUCAGUUCCAUAGUUAUCCCUCGUCUUUCUAGCAUUCUAGCUCCAAGGUUGUGGACCUUGUGGUAAUAAAAUGUCCUUUAUAGAGUUUUAAUUACAUGUCGUCCAAUAAUAUUUUUAGGACGAAAUAUUACAAUAUGCAUUUUAAAAAAAAAAAUAGAUGGCCUCAGUGAGAAUCGAACUCUCGACCUCUUGAUAACAACUAUCCUUCAUCCUAAUCCCCUAACCACCCUGCCCAUCCCUCCCAUCCCAAUAUUACAAUAUGCAUAUUAUAAAACUAGACUAAAGUUUUUACUUAUGAAUUAUAAUUAGCCCAACUUUUUUUCUUUUUUUUUUAAUUUUCUUCCUUUGUUACAAUUCACUCAGCUGAUCAGAAUAAUAAUUUGAUGGUAUUAUUUGCUUUUUCAGCAUGAAAUGGAGAAGAAAAGAACAGUGGAUCGCAAGAUCGAAUGCACCUUAGAUGGCAGCGUCGAUCGGCGUGGCCAGCCUGCAGUUCGUGAAUCCUCUGGAAAAUGGUUUGCUGGCAACCUUUUACUUUUGAACCAAGGACUAGUAACUCUAGCAUUCUUCGGGGUAGGAGUAAAUCUGGUACUGUAUUUGACCCGAGUCAUGGGUCAAAACAACGCUGAUGCCGCCAACAACGUGAGCAAAUGGACUGGCACCGUUUAUGUCUUUUCACUCCUUGGAGCUUUCCUCAGUGAUUCUUACUGGGGCCGAUACAAAACCUGCGCUGUUUUUCAAGCCAUUUUUGUCCUUGGAUUAGUGUCAUUAUCAAUAUGUUCAAACAUUUUCUUGGUCAAGCCUAAUGGCUGUGGGACAGAUGAUGUUUCCUGCGGAUCUCACAAUGGUUUCCAGCUUGCGUUUUUCUACCUUUCCAUCUACUUGAUUGCUCUUGGAUACGGAGGUUAUCAACCUAAUAUUGCAACAUUUGGAGCUGACCAAUUUGAUGAAGAUCACCCCAAAGAAAGCCACUCGAAAGUGGCGUUUUUUAGCUACUUUUACUUGGCCCUGAAUUUGGGAUCUCUGUUUUCCAACACGGUUCUUGGGUAUUUUGAAGAUGAAGGGAGAUGGGGGAUUGGGUUUUGGUCAUCUGCCGGAUCGGCUGCGGUUGGGUUGCUGUUGUUUGUUGUCGGAACGCCGAGGUAUCGGCAUUUUAUCCCACAGGGAAAUCCACUUUCCAGAUUCUGUCAGGUUGUUGUUGCUGCUGCCCGGAAUUGGAAAGUCCAGUUGCCAUCCAGUGGGGAUGGAUUGUAUGAAAUUGAUGGCAGGUUGCAAGAUGAUAAUAGCUCUGAUCGAAAGCUACUUCACACUGAAGGAUUCAGAUUCUUGGAUAGAGCAGCUGUAAUUACAUCGAAGGAAUUCGAGGAAGAAGACAAAAAGUCUUACAAUCCAUGGCGAUUGUGCACCGUAACAAAAGUGGAAGAAGUCAAGUGUGUGUUGAGAUUGCUUCCGAUUUGGCUCUGCACCAUUCUCUACUCUGUUGUCUUCACUCAAAUGGCUUCCCUUUUCGUCGAGCAAGGCGCCGCCAUGAGGACGACGGUUUCCGGCUUCCACAUCCCCCCGGCGAGCAUGUCCAGCUUCGACAUUCUCAGCGUCGCGGCCUUCAUUUUCAUAUACAGGCGGGUCCUGGAUCCCCUGGUGGCCCGCCUGAGGCGAAAAUCCAACCCCGGAGGAAUAACCGAGCUCCAGCGAAUGGGAGUCGGGCUAGUCAUCGCCAUAAUGGCGAUGGUCGCAGCUGGAAUUGUGGAGCACUUCAGGCUUAUGAACGCCCGGAAAGAUUGCUCGCAAUGCGAAAACUCGAGUAGUCUAAGCAUUUUCUGGCAAGUUCCGCAAUACGUGCUCAUCGGGGCAUCUGAGGUUUUCAUGUAUGUUGGACAGCUGGAAUUCUUCAAUGAUCAGACACCUGAUGGUUUGAAGAGCUUUGGAAGUGCAUUGUGUAUGACUUCCAUAUCAUUGGGGAAUUAUGUCAGUAGCUUGCUAGUCACCAUUGUUAUGAAAUUUUCGACAUCGGAUCGGAUGCCUGGAUGGAUCCCUGGAAACCUCAACAGAGGUCACCUGGACAGAUUUUACUUCCUCUUGGCAGCACUGACAACUGCUGAUUUUGUGGUCUACCUGAUUUGUGCCAAAUGGUACAGAUAUAUCAGGUUUGAAGGCAGGAAUUUGACAAAUGAUGAUGAUCAAUCGGCUGAUACACAGGUCUAGAUGAUCAGUUCCAAAACAUUUAUUGAUUCUAAGGAGGGAAGUGAUCAAAGAUCAUGAAGAAGAUUGGUUGAGUCUGUGUUCUUGAGCAGAGAGGAAGAGGCCGGAUUAAUCGAAGGGCUAAUUAUUGAUUUGUGUAAAAGUUAGAAGGCUUCAUUGGAAUAACUCAAUUUGAUGAAUUUAUUCGUUGGGUUGCGAUGAAAGUAGAGAUGAUUAACCAGAUUGAAUUUAGGGGAAGUUUGAUUAUCUCUACAUUUGAGCACCGAAUUAUUAUUUGUGUAUUGAAGCUGAUUUUCCUUUUGGGAAUAAUAUAUGUAAUAUAUAUUUCAACCCUUAUCAAAUGUCUCUUAGUAGACAAUGUAUGUGUCGCGGGUGUAUUGUUACUUGCAAUCUAAACAAAAUUACGUUUUGCUUUUACUUUUUUACCAUCAAAUUAUCAAAAUUUCCUUUGGCC